AUGUAUCGAGGAAAAAAAUCAACAAAUGGUGCUAUUUCUAAUCACGGACGAGGUCGAAGUAUUGUAGUAAGUAGACCUGUUACUAGAAAACUGAGUGCAGCAUUGAGUGUUGGCUAUGGAAGUGAUGAAGAUGAUCGAAAUUUUGCAUUGAUUGAACUAACGUUGAAUAGAAAGUUGUUCAUCGUUGGUUAUGAAGAUUUAAUUAAGUCGGACGAACGAGAAAAAAUAAAAAUUGGCACACAAAUUUUAGUGAAACAGAAGGAAGAACCAUUAGUGGAGGGUAUUGUAUUUUGUAUAGGUUCAAAACAGCAAUGUCAGAACGAAUUAGAUUUGGUUCGACGACUACGUGAUAACAAAGAAAAUUUAAAUUCCAAUGGUAAUAUAGGUGCAAGUAUCACUACAGCUUCAUCAACAGUCUCAACUCAAGGAAAUAUUACUAUUGCAAAUCCAGAUAGAAUUAUUUUAGAAACAACAGUUUCUGAUAGUGAUGCGGAUGUUAUUCCUAUUCAAUCCGAUCUUCUGAAUUCGUCAUCUACUAUAUCAUCACGAACAAAACAAAUGUCCUCAUCUGGUCUACAAAUAUCAAAUCAUUCGUUAAAUACGAUUUCAGUUGAAUCUUUGGCACAACCCAGUGUUGAUCCUCGUAUAUUAACUCCAUCAUCAGCAGCAGCACCUAAAGCCAAAGCAGCAUCUAAUCUGCAAAAUUUUCAUACAGAUCCAUUAACAGAUUUGGCUGAUAAAUUGACAGAUAUGGUUAAAGAUCGUGACAAAUGGAAAUCAAAAUUUACUAUAUUGCAGAAACGAUAUGAUGAGCUUGAAAGUGUAUCGAUUUUAAUUCCGACAGAUGAUAACGUGUGCGAAUGGAUAUGUACACUCUAUGAUACCAUCCACCGACAGACAAAUUUAGAAGUUGAUUUCGAUCAAGAGGCAUUGGCGCUUGGUAUACCAUCAGUUGUAUUAAAAAUGUGUGUUCAUCUUUCCAAGCCACCAACAACAACGGCUCGUAAAUUAUUCCAACAAGUAUGCCACCAAGAGCUUGCCGCAUAUAAAUCAUGGUCUGAUAUUCCAUCCAUUAAAAUGGAUGCUAUCCAUUCAUUGGGUGAACGACUAUUUGGCCAUAUUAGAUGGGAUAGGAAAACCAUAAAAACGAGUUUACAAAAUUGGAUACGUACAGAGCGUGCAAUAAUCAAACGAAGUCAGCGAAAUGAUUUUUAA